UCUGCGGGCCGCCACCAUGUUCGGCUCUCCGACGGGCACCCGCAAGCAGGCCAUCUUUAACACGAGUCCCAGCUCACAAACAAGGAGGUCCAUUAGCUUUAAUAACCCAUCAAAAACUUCAGGGAAAGGAGGAUAUGCUGGCAUAAAUCAAAGCAGAUUGGGCGCGUCAAAAACUAUGCUUUCGGUACCCGAGAUGAAGCCUGCAGAAAAACUGAGUAUUACUGUCACUAAGACAAUACAGGUGUUUGAUGCAGCAGGCGUUGAUGUCACUCCCCGUCCUCUCUACCAUCCAGAUCCACUUGUUGGAACAGCAAAGCCAAAUAAACUCUUGACGUCACAAGAAGGAUCACUCACAUCAGAUUUUAUUUCUUCAUACAGCCUGUAUCAAAAUACAAUCAACCCUAGUAUGCUAGGGCAGUUCACAAGGUCAGUUCUGGGGAGCAGCACAGUGUCGAAAUCAAGUGUGUCCACAACUGAAUCAAUGACAGAGGACCUAGAAGAACCAGCUUACAAGAGGGAAAGACUGGCCAGUUUUACAGAUGUUCGUGUUCUGAGGCCCACACCUGAAACAACUAUAACAAAGGAAGAGCUGCAAAAGAACAUACAGAUCCUUCUCACAGAGACGGAAACACUGAAAUUUUUUGACCUGCCAACAGUCAUAUUCUCAGUAGAAUCUGAAGAAGCUGAGAAAGUAAUAGAGAAAAAUAAGAACUAUGAAAUCCUAUGUAGAAAUAGAUUAGGCAACGACUUAUAUGUGGAAAGGAUGAUGCAAACAUUUAAUGGAGCACCAAAGAAUAAAGAGGUUCAGUGUGAAAAAAUCAUAAUGGAAGAAAAAGGCAUAAUGGCCACUGCCUGGGAUUUGUUUGAUUCUUUCAACACUCCCGAAGCUCUGCUAUCAGCAAAGCAAUCUUUAGUUGGAAGUAAAGGAAAUUUACUUGCUAAAGACCGGGACUUAAAACUACAAGAUAGUGAAACUAGUUCCUUAAUGGACAUAGAAAAUGUAAUUCUGGCUAAAGUUCAUGAAGAUGAUGAAGGUAAUUCAGAGGCAAUACUAAAAUCUGAGAAGCUUCAGCAAGACUUAUUUUUCAUGGAAAGAGUUUUAAUGGAAAAUGUAUUUCAGUCAAAGCUUGCAGCCUACCGUCAACUCCCUGUUUUAAAAGAAUAUGAGCCUGAAGAGCCUGAAGAAAUUCUGGAAGAAGAAAGUAUUGAGGAAUCAGAUGAGGAGUCUAAGGAGGAAGAAGAGGAAACGGAAGUGGAGCUAGAACUGGAGAUAGCCACAGAGCAGUCAACAAUACCAGCCAAUUUGGAACGGCUCUGGUCUUUUUCCUGUGACCUAACCAAAGGCCUUAAUGUGAGCAGCCUUUCCUGGAAUAAAGCAAAUCCAGACCUUUUGGCUGUUGGCUAUGGGAACUUUGGAUUUAAAGAGCAAAAAAGAGGAAUGGCUUGCUGCUGGUCAAUAAAGAACCCCAUGUGGCCAGAGCGUAUUUAUCAGAGUGCAUAUGGAGUUACCUCUGUGGACUUUUCAAUCGCCACACCCAAUCUGCUAGCAGUCGGCUACCACAAUGGCACGAUUGCAAUUUAUAAUGUGCGGAGCAACAAUAACUUUACAGUUCUGGACAGCAGUGAGUCACCUCAAAAACAUCUGGGACCUGUUUGGCAACUGCAGUGGAUAGAGCAAGACAGAGGAACUACCGGGGAUGACAAAAGAGAAAUCUUGGUGUCUAUAUCAUCUGAUGGAAGGAUCUCCAAGUGGAUUAUUCGCAAAGGACUGGAUUGUCAUGAUUUGAUGCGACUGAGACGAACUACAGCUGGCAGCAACAAAAAGGGACCGGAAAAGGAAAAAAAAGGCGAGGCUUUGAUAUCUCGACAGGCUCCUGGAAUGUGCUUUGCUUUUCACCCCAAGGACACCAAUGUCUAUUUGGUUGGCACAGAAGAAGGCCUUAUUCACAAGUGUUCCUGUUCAUACAACGAGCAAUACCUAGAUACCUAUAGAGGACACAAGGGUCCAGUGUAUAAAGUCACAUGGAAUCCGUUUUGUCAAGAUGUCUUCUUGAGCUGCUCUGCAGAUUGGGGUGUCAUGGUCUGGCGUCAGGAGACUUUCAAACCGGUUUUGAGUUUUUACCCAACUACUUAUGUUGUUUAUGAUGUUGCCUGGUCUCCAAAAUCUGCCUAUAUUUUUGCUGCUGCAAAUGAGAGCAGAGUAGAGAUUUGGGACCUUCAGAUAAGCACUUUGGACCCUCUGAUUGUGAAUUUUUCUAACCCCGGAAUCAAGUUCACAACCGUUCUCUUUGCCAAACAGACAGAUUGCCUUCUAGUGGGAGACAGCGAUGGGCAGGUUGCAGUCUAUGAACUGAGAAAUAUGCCCACUGCUUCAGAGAGUAGCCGGGGAGAUGUAAUAAAUGUUCUGCUUGGGCCCAAGACAAACCAACCAUGAUAAUCGAUCAUUCUUGUUACAUCUUGUUCUUGUUUAAGGAAAAGGGAAUAACAUAUACUGUAAGCUAAGAUUUUAGUUUUAAGAGAGCAAUAUGUGGCCUAUACCUUCCAUUUAAUUAAAUUAGCUUUUGUUUCAGAAACAUGAUUAGUUUAUAAUCUAAAAUACUAAAGAUUUUUUGUUGGGAUUUUCUUAAUAUUCUAAACAUAUUUCUGCUCCACUUCUUGGUCAGAUUUGAAGUAUCUAUUAGCAAAUAUGUAAACCUAUAACAUGUCCAAAUAGCUUGGGAAGUGCUUUCUUUAGCUAUUUUUAGAAUUACUUCAUCUGCAGUUAGAAGAUAAAAAUACCAGCAACUAUCAAACCUGCUUCCCAAGCCCUGAUUUUGGGAUUUACAGUCACACAGCCACUUCGAUGAGCACAGUGAGCUCUCACACCUGACUUGGGAUAGCAAUGCUACCCUCCUAAUUCAGAGCCCCAAGACUAGAGAACUUUGUCAAACCACUUGGCAAGCUAUGGGAGGGAACAUAAAUGUCAGCGUCAUAUUGUCCUGCUAGCCAGCAUCCCAUCCCCUCAUCAGAGAGGAACAACUAAUCAAAAUACAUUGUCACCUUCCUCUUAGCCCGGAGUCAUCUGCAGGGAACUUCCAGCCCAGACUUAGAGUUGUCUCAGCAAGAAAACAGGGUCUCUGACCUAUACACCUAUACACCUGGUCAGGGAGUUUCCUAAAGAGGUCUAGAGAGAGAUUGGUCAGGAAGGGUGGAGUACCCCCCCCACACACACACACACACACUGACACAAACUGCUAAGAGGUGGUUUACGUGGGUCCUUCACAAGUGUUCAGGAGUUAAAGGAGGCCAGAAGGCAUAGUAGCCUGUUCUGUAAAGUGUUUUGAGUAGAGAAAAGAGACUGGGUAUGUGAAGCCAGCAGAGGCUCCGGAGGUCGUGUAUGUCUGUGCUGGUGAUGACUCCAUCACAGUUACAACUACCGAUGACAAGCAACCAUUGCCUUGCCAUCACCGUAUUGGGGGAUCUAGCAAUUAAACAAAAGUAAGACAUUUUUAGGUGGCUCUUGGGUUUAUCUAAGGUCCUAAGAAUUAGACAGUUUUCUGCUGGUAUAAGCCAUUGUGGUUGUCUUUCUGAAAGAUUGAAAUAACUGUAACUUGGAGGAAGAAAAAAAAUAAAAACUUGAUUUAGUU